AGAACUCGAAUAACUCCUCUUCCUCUCGAAACAUCCGUUUUAAAAUCUCCCGACUUCCCUCAUUCUUCUAUCUUUCAUCCGCCUUUCUCCACCGAGUUGCAGGUAGCGAAGAAACCCUCACACGUUUGAGAUUGAGAUGGCAGCGAACGAAGAUAUAGAGAGCAGAGGAGCUGCGAAGAACAGAGGAGGAGGGAAUCACCAUCCUCCAGCAUCGUCGACUCCUUAUUACUUCGAAACUUCUGAGCGGCAAUGGACGUCUUGGAUCAUCCCGAUGUUCGUGGUUGCCAACGUGGCAGUCUUCAUCGUCACCAUGUUCAUCAAUAACUGCCCCAGGAAGCAUGAUCAGACGAACGGUAGAUGCGUCGUUCGGUUCCUUGGACGGUUCUCCUUCCAACCCCUCAGGGAGAAUCCUCUCCUCGGUCCAUCUUCCGCCACAUUGCAGAAGUUAGGAGCCCUUGCUUGGUAUCAAGUGGUCCAUGGAGGUCAAGGAUGGAGGCUUAUUACCUGUAUCUGGUUACAUGCAGGUGUCGUUCAUCUACUUGCAAAUAUGUUUAGCCUGGUUUUCAUUGGAAUCCGACUUGAACAGCAAUUUGGGUUUGUGCGCAUUGGGGUAAUCUACCUCUUAUCUGGGUUCGGUGGCAGCGUCCUCUCUUCCCUUUUUAUUCAGAAUAGCAUUUCUGUUGGUGCCUCUGGUGCUCUAUUUGGACUUCUAGGAGCUAUGCUUUCUGAGCUUAUCACCAACUGGACUAUCUAUGCCAACAAGGCUGCAGCUUUAAUAACACUGAUAGUGAUCAUCGUCAUAAACCUCGCUGUUGGAAUACUACCUCAUGUUGAUAAUUUUGCUCACAUUGGAGGUUUCUUAACGGGUUUUCUCCUGGGCUUUAUUUUGUUGGUCCGGCCCCAGUUUGGUUGGAUGGAACGCCACAAUCUUCCAUCUGCAGGUCGGGCACCAUCCAAGCACAAGGCAUACCAGUAUGCACUGUGGCUGGUUGCUGUGGUUUUGCUGGUAGCUGGGUUUGUGGUUGGCCUGGUGAUGUUGUUUCGCGGAGUGAAUGGAAAUGACCACUGCCACUGGUGUCACUAUCUGACAUGCGUACCAACAUCGAGGUGGCGUUGUGGGAGUUGAGGAACAUCAUCUCUUUGCUUAUAGGAAGGUUUGGGUGAAAAUGGGUGGGGGGGUGGUUCGUUCAUUCUUUGGGAGAAAUAAAUAAGACCCAUCCGGUUUUACUUUACCCAUGUAUAUAGCUUAGAGAGCUGGUUGCUUUUCUUUUUCUUUCUUCCUUUAAAUUUUUUUUUUUUUUUUUUUUUAUUAUUUUUUAAAUUCCGCUUUCUUGAGGAUUGUGUUAUUGCUUGCCCUAUCUAUAUCUUCCCUUGGUAGAUAUUGGAUUGUUGUAUAUUUUUUUAUAGAUCAGCAUUCUUUUAUUUUUGAAUGUUUUUUUUUUCAUGUAUUAUGUAGUCAUAUGGGUGUGUUGAUUUUUUCUAUGGCUUGAAUGAGUCUAUCUGAUAUUUUCUUGCAUCACUCGUUGCUGAGGGAAGAAAUUAAUGAAGUCAUGGUAACAAUUGAAAUCCUUAUCUGGAGGAAUGCUAAUUGAAGAGGGGACUUGUUUGUACACCUAACCACACGCCUAUCUAUGCACGUGGAGACAUAUCCAUGUGGAAAAUUUAGGUAUGUGGACCCCUCAUCCGGUCGGUUACUGCCACACCAAUGAUGGGCCAUGGACCCAAAAUCUGGCUGGUGGAUCAUUUCUAACAAGUUGCCUUAGGUGAACAUGACUACUGCAUGAGAGAGAGAGAGAGAGAGCCAUGCGAUGGUUUGAAAUGGCCGUAUGGCUCUCUGCAAGCUGGUCCUUUUCUAUUUUUAUUGAAGUGGUCGCCUAUUCGCCACUGCUGCUGACCCUGUCAUGCCCUCGUCUGAUCAAGAAGCAAUAAAUUAUGAUGAUGUAUAUGAUGAGCCAUUUGUUUU